UUAUGCCUUUGCAUUGAUGUUGUUGUUUUUCGCUAACUUUAUGGCUCUUAGGCGACGUUUCAACCAAGGCAGGCCUAUGGAUGAAAUUAAGAUAAUAGCACCUCCGCCUAUGAACACAAUGGAGCAGCUUUUGGCUGUACAGAAUGCGAUAUCUCAAGCUGAACAGCUUAUCCAAGAUGGAAACAUAGCUCAUCUCAAGUUUCGUGCCUUGUUGCUGUCCAUUUUCCCAAAGACAAGCGAGAAAUUUGCGGUCAUUCUUCUAUUUGCAGCUUUGAUACUGGCUUUAUUGCCAGGAAAGUACGUUUCUCCUGAUAUUUUUGGAGACAUUUACGAGGCAUUCGCCUCCUAGGAAAGCAAGCACGGAAAGAUGGAUGAGGAGAUUGAGAGUGAUGGUUCA